AUGUAUGGAAAAAUAUACCUAAGGGGAAAAUACUAUGAGUUCAAUCCGGAUAUCAUCAACAACCACAUCAACACCACUGAAGGAGAGGAAAGAAUACUCCUUGCAAAUGAUGAAGUCAAUCAAGAACUCACAGCAGGGAAUGUGAAUCUGGAGAAAAACAAAAUUAAGGCUGCAUCAUUAACCAGUAAAUAUGCUGUACUACAAAAAAUUGCACUGGAAAAUUGGAUGCCCUCAUUACAUGAGUCAACACUCAAAAGAAGCCUAGCAGACCUACUGUAUAAGAUUGGAAAAGGGAUCAAAGUUGACCUUAGCAAUCUCAUCUACACACAGGUCACAAACCUAGCAGAAAACAAAGGAACCAAAGCUUGCCUUAUAUUUCCAAACCUCAUCUGUUUUGUCCUAGCAAAACAAGGACUCAAGAUUCACAAGCCAAAGUCUCAAGUAAAAAUCCUCAGCACAACCAUAAAAUUGACCAAAGGGCGGCACCAAAAUGAUCUCAAAACCCUAGGACCAAAAGACAAACCAACAGAUCAGCAGACUCUAAUUAACUACUUUGAGAAAAGAUUGUCUGAACUAGAGGCUUCUGAGAAACAUGUAUUGAGGAAACAGAUGGAAAUCAAAGAGGAAAAAACUGAGGAACCUGAAGCUGAAAGUAGUGAAAGAAAUGAAGUAGAAGAUGAUCAAGAACCUGAAGCUGAAAGUAGUGAAGACUCCACCUAA